CCGAGCUGAAAUCUCUUCAUAUUAGUACAGCAGGUGCAAUCAAUACCAUCGGACCUGAAUUUCUUGGCCCCCGUGAAUCGUCAGCAGCGACUUCAUUUCCCAACCUUGAAGAGCUGCGAUUUGAAGAGAUGUCCAACUGGGAAGAAUGGUCGUUUGGUAUGGUGGAGGGGGUUGGUGAAGAAAGAAGAGGAGCCCCCAAGUUGCUGCCUCAUCUCAUGAAAUUGGAGCUUUUUUAUUGUCCCAAGCUGAGAGCUCUUCCAGAAGGCCUACGGCAUGCCACCAAUUUACAGGAACUGUACAUCAGGGGCGCCGACAACCUAAAAGAAGUCAACAACCUUCCCUCACUGAAAUAUCUGGUAGUAUGGGUGUGUCCGAUGUUGGAGCACGUCGAGAAUCUUGAUAAGUUGCAAAAAAUAUAUGUAACAUUAGAGACAUCCACCACCGAUGCUGAUGGACAGACAGAGCGCCUCCCACAGUGGUUAUUGGAGCUACUCCAAAAUGCUCCGACUGCUAUGCAGAGUCUUAAAGAAUUUAAACUAAGAUGCAGCUUACCACUCCUUAAGACCUUCCUCAAGGACGGCCCCAACUGGCCCAUCAUUCAGCCGAUCCCCCAGGUCGAGAUCCAUGACUAUGACACCUUCUCAUCAUAUAUUUGGUAUACAAAGGAUCCACCCACUUUCGAAGCCAACAUCGCGGAAUCAGAAGAGUCAGUGGACUGAUAAAGCAAGGGUCCACGAACAUCCUCUUGUCAUUGAGAUAGCAAUGCUCGUGCUUCUUUCUCAAGGACAGAGGAUCAUUGGGUGCUCAGCAUUUUCCCUAUCUUUCACUUGGUGGUUUUUCCCCGUCCUUUCAUGGUUCCAUCGUUUGCUUUAAACCUUUCAGUUAGAUUUUAUUUUGCCUUCUGUAAUUUCUGUUUCCUAGAGUUCUGAUACAUUUGUAAUUUCCUUUUCCUGUUGUUUUGAUAAUGUCAUCAUUUGCUGGUGUGUAACUUCCAGAAAUUUGUAUGCAAUAAAUCAGUAGUUUUUUUCUCA